GUGUUUCGCGUUUCGGUGUGUACGAAUUGUCCCUCGUAGAGCGCCGUAGAGCAGUUGGGGAGGGGUUCAGUGUCAUUGUUUGGCCAUUGCGGGACGGGCGGGCUAAACGGAGAUUUAAACUGCAGAUGGAGGGAUAAUAAUCUGCCGAUCUACAGAAAGAAAUUCAAAGUAAAAACACAUUAAACUAACGCGAAGGUGAUCCACGCAGUGCUGCCGGAGCAGACAUGCAGAGGCGAGCCCGGGUUCAGGAGCUGGAGGCGGGGCUGGCCCCGGGGAGGCGGCCCUUCCAGGGGAAGUCCUUCUACCUGGACCUGCUGCAGAGCAAGCACGCCCCGCGGGUCGUGGAAGCCAUCAGGAGGAUGGGAGGGACAAUCGAGAGUUUCCUCAGCAAGGAGGUGAGCUACCUGGUGUCGAGGAGUCAAGAGGCCAGGCAGGGGGGCAUCACCAAGGCAACGAAGGGGCAGUCUGUCCAAGAGGCCAGACAGGGAGGCAUCACCAAGGAAACAGAGGGGCAGUCUGUCCAAGAGGCCAGGCAGGGAGGCAUCGCCAAGGCAACGAAGGGGCAGUCUGUCCAAGAGGCCAGGCAGGGGGGCAUCGCCAAGGCAACGAAGGGGCAGUCUGUCCAAGAGGCCAGGCAGGGGGGCAUCACCAGCUCUCCCUCUCCGCCUCUGACCAGCAGGAAAGGAAACCAGCGACCAGCCAGCACAACCCAGAGCAGCCGUGGGAAGGCGUUGCUGGAGAAGGCGAUGUGCAGCACUCAGGCUCGCGGUGAGGGGAGCCGUGUCCUGGCCGACGCUCGGUCCUGGGGAGUGAAGGUCCUGCACAUCGAUGACCUUCUGGCCUACAUUGAAAAGGUCACUCUUCAGAGCUCCCAGGCGAAGAAAAAGAAAGCAGAGGUGCAGACUGUAACAGCCUCGCCUCCUUCUGUCCUGCAGAAGAAACCUGCUGCUGCCACACCUCUGGCCCGCGUUGUGAAAGCAGGGACCCUGAAGCAGCCUUUUCUUAAGAUUGAAGACUGCAGCAGGCGCUACAAGCCCCUUCACCUGCAGCUCGCCUGCCUCCCUCAGCUGGACUUCUCCAGAGUCACCCGCUGCAGCCCCUUCGAACCCCCGGCACCACUGCAGCCUGGGACAGAGGAGGACCAGCUCAAGAGGACGGUCAAGAGGGAGAGCCGUGGACUGACCUCCAGCGACGGAGAGCGGGAGAAGCAAGGUGCUGCGGCCACCCCUCCCCUGCCAGUCACCCCCGUGGACAGGAAGCGCCAGGGCUUCUGCGAGUGCUGCCAGCAGGCCUUCCAGGAGCAGAACGAGCACCUGCAGUCCGAGCAGCACCGGGUCUUCGUUCAAAACACCUCGCACUACUCUGCAGUGGACCGGCUCAUCUCGCAGCUCCAGUGCCACUUUGUGGAGCUCCCCGCACAGCACAGCUCUCUGCUCAGGUGUGUGAGUCCUCCUGUCCGCUCCCCAGAGGUUUCCCUGGACCUGCCUCAGAAUAACAGCGAGGUAGAGAAGGCUAUCGAGGCCCUGCUGUGUCAGGGGGAACCUUCCACACAGGGAAGAGGCCGGGGGGACUGCAUUCUCAACGCAACACCUCCCCAGCAGAGAGGAGAGGGGGACUGCAUUCUCAACGCAACACCUCCCCAGCAGAGAGGAGAGGGGGACUGCAUUCUCAACACACCUCCCCAGCAGAGUGGAGAGGGGGACUGCAUUCUCAAUGCAACAGCUCCCCAGCAGAGAGGAGAGGGGGACUGCAUUCUCAACACACCUCCCCAGCAGAGUGGAGAGGGGGACUGCAUUCUCAACGCAACACCUCCCCAGCAGAGAGGAGAGGGGGACUGCAUUCUCAACACACCUCCCCAGCAGAGUGGAGAGGGGGACUGCAUUCUCAACACACCUCCCCAGCAGAGAGGAGAGGGGGACUGCAUUCUCAACACACCUCCCCAGCAGAGUGGAGAGGGGGACUGCAUUCUCAACACACCUCCCCAGCAGAGACGAGAGAGGGACUGCAUUCUCAACACACCUCCCCAGCAGAGACGAGAGAGGGACUGCAUUCUCAACACACCUCCCCAGCAGAGUGGAGAGGGGGACUGCAUUCUCAACACACCUCCCCAGCAGAGACGAGAGAGGGACUUCAUUCUCAACACACCUCCCCAGCAGAGAGGGGGGGUGACCUCACUGGCAGGCACUCCCUGUGGGCCUGUGAACGCUGCUAACGAACCAGUGCUGAGACCUCUGUAUAGACCAUUGAGCCAGGAAGGUGGCAAGGAGCAGGACAGGGUGACUGUGGGACUCAAACACAGGAACUUAAGCCAGGGUGCGCCCCAAGAUACCUCACCAAAGCCUGGGCACUGCCUCCCCCGCACAGCCUCACUGGCGCCGCGGAACAGCAAGAAACGCCCCCGCUCGUCCAGCACCAGCCCCGUGGGGAGGAAGAGACGGAGAGUCGCUGCGGAGUGCUCCUCGGACCCUUCCUUCAACAGGCUCUCCUACAGCCAGCCUGGGAGGACGGCUGGCCCCAGGGCUCAGUCAGGGGAGGCCGGAGCUCUCCUCCGAGCGGAAACCCCAGGACUGCUCCCGCAAAGGGAACAUUUGAAGCCAGCAGGGACCCCGGGGAUCCAGCCUUCAGCUUCCGGAGCUCCUGACGUGGGGCGACUCCUUCAGGAACCUGCCUCAGAGUGCCUUCACAAGGGUUUCAGCAAGCCAGCACCUCCUCCAUUUCCUGUUCCCUCUGCCCCUGACUCUCAGCCCCUUGCUGCUGCUGAAACCCCCCCAUCUGAACCCAUGCGAGCAGAGCAGGGCCAGCUGUCGACCCCCCGUGGUUACCAUAACGUGAACGUAGCAGGCUGGGUCGGGGGUCCCUUUCCUCCUCCCUUUGAGCCCACAGCCCAGCAGGCUAUGGGGUGGCCAGGGGGGUUCCUGCCUUUGUCUGGCCCGGACCAUCUUCCCGCCCCCAUGAACUUCAGACCGAGCCUGCCGGGCCAGUGCUUUGCCCCCGUCCUGCCACCUGUGUGUCCUGUCAAUCAGCCCCCUGAGCUCCCGCCUGCCUGGCCCAUCUACCCCCCUGUCCCAGAGCACAGCUCUGCCAUGUCUCAGUCCUUCUCCUCCCUGCACGUCGACACCAGCCUGCUGCCUCCAGGGAGCUUCUCCUCAGAGUCUGACUGGGACUGCGACCUGCUCUCCCGGCUGGAGGGCCCUCCUGCCGCUAGGGGGCAGUGUGACGUGGACAUGGAGGUGCUGCGGCAGGCUUGCGCCACCGUGCAGGACAGCGGCUACGAGUCCCGCCUGUGUUCUGUGCUGAGGCAGUCGGAGCUGGACUGGGCUGCUGGCUUGCGCUGCGCAAACGAGACUGAGCCAAUACCGUUCGGGGGCCUGGAGGCCUGGCCUGUGUGACACCAAGGGGCUGAAGAAGCAGCUGACUGCUUCACACUCAGGGAUCGUCGGGGCCGCAGAAACUCGCAGCUCCUGCACACGGCCCUGGGGAAUAUUUGUGUUUGUUAGUUUUUCAACUGCCUUGCUGAGAUUGUGUUUUUCUAAAAUCUAGGAUAGAAAUACUAAAAACUAAAAUUCAGACGUGUGAAAGAGACUUUAGUAGAAACGUUUGUCAUUGAAUUUUAGUUUUAGAAAUAUUUUUUCUAAAUUCAGCGCCACUGAGUGCUUACUAGUUAUGGAUAAUAACAUCUGAGAAACCAAGCAACUGCUGAAUCAAACCCGUCUACCUUGAGUUUCUGAGGUCCUUUUUAAAUCAAACUCCCGCUGAAUCGGCUCUGAAUUGACGAGGCAUAUAUUGCAGGAGUUACCCAACCAGAAACAAGCCUGUCUGUUGGUCUUUUAUAAAUAGUUGCCAACUAGAAGAUAGGAGAACUGUUUACCUGACCCCUGCUCAGUGCUGCUCACCUUUCACAACAGUAGCUGUACAUGCAGGGAUAGGACAGGACCAUGUUUAUUUAGCUGUGGUCAGAUUGAUCAAACCUGAUCUAAAAUUAAAUCCUAUUUUGGAAUAAGUGUAGUUCUGAACCCCAGGACUGGAUGCAGCAGCAGCAGGGCUAGUGUGAGUUUCUAACCCUGCUCAAACUCCUGGCUCUUGAUCAUUUCAAUUCUAGACUUCAAGGUGAGCUCUGAAACCCAGGGCUAGUGUGAGUUUCUAACCCUGUGGUUUACCAGCGGGGGUGACACUGAGGCGCGAGGAGGUCAGGAAUUAAUUUCAGGUCAACAUUUAAAAACUCUGGAUGGCUCCCAUAGAAGAGUUGGCAGCCAUGCCUCAGAGCAGCACUUAGACUCAGCUCAGCUCCACUUGCUGUUGUCAUACCUGGUGUGACUGAUAGUAGAAACUGUGGAUUAAUUAGCUACCACUGGUGUGGAGCUGGGCGUGAGAGUAGAGAACUCUGCUUACAGGACCCCCUGGUUUUAAUGGGAUGAAGGGCUGGUUUUAACGAGGUUUGCUAUAGGGCUGAUGGGGACACACUGGGAUCUAGAAUUAAAAGUAUUUUGUGCUAGUUUAAAUAUUCUUCUAGCUGUAGUUUUCUUUUUACAUUUGUUCCCAAUUCAAGCUAUAAAAAUUACUUUAAUUUCUCAUUACUUUAAGUAAUUGUAUCAAAUAUUUCCAUAAACUCUUGGGCCGCGCACACGCAUUCAUUCCGUAGGUCUCAAGUUUGAGCAGACGUGUUUAUUUUAAAUGCUGAUAUCUGGUACUUCACAUGAUUAAAUGAAUCUCUAUUUGCGACCCCUGCUUUUAGACUGCCUUGUGCUUCCUGGGUCACUUCCCCAGGAGCCCCUGCCUGUUCCCUGGCUGCCGUCCCGUCUAACUUAUCCAGCCGUUCCCACUAUUGACUGACACACUUUCAGACGCAUACUGUAGCAGCAGAUUAAAAUGAAAACGUCUGAGACGUGUGUCGCUAUCGGGAAUGCGGAAUGGGUGAGGUGUACUGGGGCUGCAGUUACUUGAAGGUGUCCCGUGUGUGUCUGCACUGCUGCUGCUGCACAGCGCGCUGCUGGAGGGGCCCCCUGAUGAAGCAGGGCUUCGCUUCACUGCUUUGUGUUCAUGUACAUCGUGUAUAGAGGCACACAUUUACAGCCACAUGUUUUGUGGUUUGUGUUUGUGGUUUUUUUUUUCCAAAAAUAUAUAUUUUUAUCAAGUUAUUUAAAAAUUAAAGCAUUUUUAAUUUUG